AUGGGCGGCCUCGAGAAGAAAAAGCUUGGUACCGGUGCCCACCUCCUGUUCACUUAUACCAACAUUCUCGCCCCCGGUACCAGUGCCCUCGGCACCCAUUGGUGCUGUGAAGCCAGUCUGGCCAUGCCCGGUGGUCCCGUUCUGUUCCCCUGUUCCCGUUUCCUGUGCCCUGCCGCCCCCAUACCGAGCCCCCACACCCUCCCUGACACCCCGUUCUCUCCUCAGUACGAGCGCGGCUCUGCCACCAACUACAUCACCCGCAACCGGGCACGCAAGAAGCUGCAGCUGAGCCUGCCUGACUUCAGACGCCUCUGCAUCUUGAAGGGGAUCUACCCCCACGAGCCCAAGCACAAGAAGAAGGUGAACAAAGGCUCCACCGCGCCCCGCACUUUCUACCUCCUCAAGGAUAUCAAAUUCCUCCUGCAUGAGCCCAUCGUCAACAAAUUUCGGGAGUACAAGGUCUUUGUCCGGAAGCUCCGUAAAGCAUAUGGGAAGAGUGAAUGGAACACUGUAGAUCGUCUGAAGGACAACAAGCCUAGCUACAAGCUCGACCACAUUGUGAAAGAGAGAUACCCAACCUUCACAGAUGCGCUGCGGGACCUGGAUGAUGCCCUGUCCAUGUGCUUCCUCUUCUCCACCUUCCCGCGAACGGGCAAGUGCCAUGUCCAGACCAUUCAGCUAUGCCGGCGCCUGUCCGUGGAGUUCCUCAACUACGUUAUCGCCUCUCGCUCCCUGCGCAAGGUCUUCCUCUCCAUCAAGGGCAUCUACUACCAGGCGGAGGUGCUGGGGCAGCCGGUCACCUGGAUCACACCUUAUGCUUUUGCCCAUGAUCACCCCACGGAUGUGGAUUACCGUGUGAUGGCCACCUUCACUGAGUUCUACACUACCCUGCUGGGCUUCGUCAACUUUCGCCUCUACCACUCCCUCAACCUGCUCUACCCACCCAAGAUCGAUGGCCAGGCUGAUAUUGAGCUGAAGCCUGCAGAGGGCACGGAGUAUGCCAUGGAUUCGGAGAGCUACCUGGAGAAACUGUCUGCUCUGAGCGCCAGCCUGGCCCGUGUGGUGGCACCGACCCACGAGGACGAGGUGGAGAUGGAUGAGUUCCCAGUGGAGGGGGAGACUGCGGAGCAGAUGGAUGUAAGGAAGAAGGAGCAGGAGGCUGUGGAGAACCACAAAAAGCUUUUUGAAGGGUUACGCUUCUUCCUCAACAGAGAGGUGCCUCGAGAGCCACUGGCCUUCGUCAUCCGGUGCUUUGGUGGCCAGGUCUCCUGGGACAAGUCCUUGUGCAUUGGUGCCACCUAUGACGUGAGCGACCCCUCCAUCACCCACCAGAUUGUUGACCGGCCCCGGGUGGAGAAGCAGAUUGUUGGCAGGUACUAUCUGCAGCCUCAGUGGGUCUUUGACUCAGUGAACGCCAAGAUGUGCGUCCCUGUGGCCGACUAUUUCCCUGGCGUGCUGCUGCCCCCGCACCUCUCGCCCUUCGUGACAGAGCAGGAAGGGGACUACAUCCCUCCCGAGAAGCUGAAGCUGCUGGCCAUGCAGAGGGGCGAGAACCCAGAGGAAGAGAGCGAGGAGGAGGAGGAGGAAGACGAAGAGGAUGACAAUGAGAAGGAAGAGGAAGAGGAGGAAGAUGAGUCUGAAAAGGAAGAAGAGAUGAAAUUAAAGAAGAUGGAAGAGCAGAAGACUCAGAGCAACAAGGCACUCCCGGUGAAGGUGACCGCUGGCAAGGUGCGGCUGGAGGACAAGCAGCGCCUGGAGCAGGAGCAGCAAAGCGAGGAGAAGCGUCUGGCUAUCAUGAUGAUGAAGAAAAGGGAGAAAUAUCUCUACAAGAAGAUCAUGUUUGGCAAGAAGCGCAAAGUGCGAGAGGCAAACAAACUCGCUGCGAAGAGGAAAGCCCACGACACUGCCGUCAAGGAGGAGAAAAAGAAAAGCAAGAAGGCGAGACGAGCGUGAUGGGGCCCAGGGCUCCCAGUGGGGGCUGUCUGGGGCAGCCGAGCCCUGCAGACAUCUUCCUAUUUGGGUGAAAAACCCUCAGCUUUGUUCUUGGGACAGAAAUGCUGAGUUGAAACAUUCUCCAUCUGUAAAUACGCUUCCCGCUGAGCCUUUUCCCAGAGCUCCCUCGGCUCCACUCCACCAGUGCUGCUGCCUGGGUAUCACAGGGACUGUCCUCUUCGUGCUGGUGCCACAUAUGCUUUCAGACCCACGGGGGUGUCGAGCGAGGAAGAGGAGGCCAAGGAGAGUUUGGGGCUCUGGCAGCUCCCUCGGGGAUUGUUCCUUAUAAACUUGCACAGCCCUGGGUGGAGCAGCUGAGCCCCUGUGGUGGAGCAGGAGCUCCUGUGGGGCUGCUGGGCGUUGCGACCCAUUUUGGCAGCUUGGGACAGAGUGGUGGAGAGGAGUCCACAGCAGAGGGGAGCCUGCCCUCUGCCCAGCUCGGAGCUGCCCUCCAGGAGCUGUUUGGCAGGCGGUUCUUCUCUUGUAUUUGUAUUUUUAAUUAAAGGUGACGCUUCCCUGUUGGUGUGCGGUGUCUG